GGAGGGAGGGAGGUUACAGAGCAUGACUGAACGGAGGCGCUCGGCUGCCAACACUCACACACUGCCUGCUGCUUCUGCCGCCGUUGCUGUUCCUGCUCUGGGCAAGUGAGGAGAGCAACCAGAGGAGGAAAAGAGGAGGGGGAAGAAAAAGAGGAGGGCAACUCGGACUCGCAAAGCGAAAGGAAAGGAAAGGAAAGGAAAGCAAGCCAGAGACGCGACCCCCCCCCCCCCCCCGCCCGCCGCUGCGGUCCUCGCUCUCUUCUCCCGGAGGCUCUCAUGGCGCAAGGCAAAAGGCUGAGGAAAGUGUGAGGGGGGGAGAAAGGUUCUUAAGUUUCUGCGCUUGGAAGGGAAUUGGGAAGCGUGGCGAGGCGUUCAUCUUUUAAGCCCCCUCAGGAGGCUCAGUGCACGAUUCCAGGCUCUUUCGGGUUUCCUUCUUGAGGUAACUUUCGAAAGACUUGUGGCUGCCGCCGCCGCUGCUGCUGGAGGUGCGUGGAGGUGAGCAGCGCGUCUGGAAGGAAGCGAAGGCAGGAAGGAAACUGCGAGGAGAAGUUUUCAAGAAGACCAAAUCUCGGGGGAUUGUGGUUGUUGGCGUGGUUGUGGAAAAAAGCCGAGAAGAAGAUGGGCUGGAAAGGCGGCUGCUGCUGCUGGGGAGUCCGAAGCGGAGGGGAUCUGCUGUGGCUGCUCACCCUCUGGCUGGGCUUUCUGCUGCCCGCCUGCAGGACUCGCGUGUACACCAACCACUGGGCGGUGCGGAUAAGUGGCGGGCUCCAAGAAGCCAACAGGAUAGCUAGCAAGUACGGCUACAUCAAUAUAGGACAGAUUGGAGCACUGAAGGAUUACUACCACUUCUACCAUAGUAAAACAAUUAAAAGGUCAAUUAUCUCAAGCAGAGGUACUCAUAGCUUCAUUUCACUGGAACCAAAGGUGGAAUGGAUAGAACAACAAGUUGUAAAAAGAAGGAUAAAGAGAGAUUACAAACUUGGUGGUACCCAGUCCAUGUAUUUUAAUGAUCCCAAAUGGCCAAGUAUGUGGUACAUGCACUGCACUGAUAAUACAAACCUCUGUCAGUCAGAUAUGAAUAUAGCAGGUGCCUGGAAGAGAGGCUACACUGGAAAGAGGAUUGUGAUCACUAUCUUGGAUGAUGGUAUUGAGAGAAACCACCCAGAUUUGAUGCAGAAUUAUGAUCCGGAGGCCAGUUUUGAUGUCAAUGGUAACGAUAUUGACCCCAUGCCUCGGUAUGAUGCCAACAAUGAAAACAAGCAUGGAACCCGUUGUGCUGGAGAAGUGGCAGCUACUGCAAACAAUUCACAUUGUAUAGUAGGAAUUGCAUUUAAUGCCAGGAUUGGGGGAGUACGGAUGCUAGAUGGUGAUGUUACAGACAUGGUGGAAGCAAAAUCACUAAGCCUCAAUCCCCAACACAUACACAUUUACAGUGCUAGCUGGGGGCCUGAUGAUGAUGGGAAGACAGUUGAUGGACCUGCUCCUUUAACACGUCAGGCUUUUGAGAAUGGUGUCAGAAUGGGCCGAGGCAACUUGGGUUCCAUUUAUGUUUGGGCUUCUGGAAAUGGUGGAAGGAGUAAGGAUCAUUGUUCCUGUGAUGGCUACACCAAUAGCAUCUACACUAUCUCCAUCAGCAGCACAGCUGAAAGUGGGAGAAAACCUUGGUAUCUAGAAGAAUGUGCAUCUACGCUAGCUACAACAUACAGCAGUGGAGAAUCCUAUGACAGGAAAAUAGUCACUACAGACUUGAGACAGCGUUGCACAGAUAGCCACACAGGAACAUCAGCCUCUGCACCUAUGGCUGCAGGAAUCAUUGCAUUGGCACUGGAAGCAAAUCGACUACUGACGUGGAGAGAUGUACAACAUAUCAUUGUAAGGACUUCACGGGCAGGACAUCUGAUUGCUAAUGACUGGAAAACCAAUGCUGCUGGUUACAAGGUUAGCCACCUAUAUGGAUUUGGAUUAAUGGAUGCUGAAGCUAUGGUGAAGGAAGCAGAAAAGUGGACAACUGUCCCACCUCAGCAUGUGUGUGUUGAGAACACGGAUCGUCAAAUAAAAACAAUACGACCAGAUAGCAUUCGUAAUGGACCAGAUAAUGGUGUUCGAUCAAUAUAUAAAGCCACAGGCUGUGCAGAUAAUCCCAAUCACCAUGUGAUUUACCUGGAACAUGUAGUUGUGCGUAUCACUAUAAUGCACCCACGACGGGGUGACCUGGCAAUUUAUUUGACAUCUCCCUCUGGAACAAGGUCUCAGCUUUUGGCUAACAGGUUAUUUGACCAUUCCAUGGAAGGGUUCAAAAACUGGGAUUUCAUGACUACUCAUUGCUGGGGUGAAAAAGCAGCUGGUGACUGGAUUUUGGAAAUUUAUGAUACACCAUCACAGCUGAGAAACGUCAAGACUCCAGGUAAAUUGAAAGAAUGGUCUUUAGUACUUUAUGGGACAUCCACUCAACCUUACUCCCAAAGAAAUGAUUUUCCAAAAGCUGAAAGGGUACGCUCAAGUGCAAUUGAAGAUCCAACAGAAGAUUAUGGGACAGAUGAUUAUGCAGGUCCAUGUAAUGCAGAGUGCAGUAAGGUAGGAUGUGGUGGGCCUGGACCAGACCAUUGCAAUGACUGUCUACACUACUACUACAAAUCUAAAAACAACACAAGAAUCUGUGUUCCCAAUUGUCCAACUGGCCACUACAGUGCAGAUAAGAAGCGUUGCAAAAAGUGUUCCGCCAACUGUGAAACAUGUUUUGGAGGUCACAAUGACCAGUGCAAUACUUGCAAACCUGGUUACUAUAUCCAUGAAGAAACCAGAAACUGCAUUUCCAGCUGCCCAGAUGGAUUUUACCUGGAUAAUAAUAAAAUUGUCUGCCGAAAAUGCAGUGAAAACUGUAAGACAUGCACUGAAUUUCAAACCUGCACAGAAUGCAGACAUGGCCUAAGUUUACAGGGUUCCAGAUGUGUUAUCCGCUGUGAAGAAGGAAAAUAUUAUAAUGGCAGGGAGUGUGAGCCAUGCCACCAUUCUUGUGCUUCUUGUGCAGGCCCAGGAGCAGAUGCUUGUAUAAACUGCACAGAAGAGUAUCUUAUGGAGAAUGGAAGAUGUGUACUGGCUUGCAACAUUGGCUACUACUUUGAUCACUCUCUAGAAAAUGGGUACAAAACCUGUAAAAAAUGUGAUGCCAGCUGCUUCGGGUGCAGUGGUCCAGGAGAGAAAAACUGUACGAGUUGUCCAAAUGGCUAUAUCUUAGAUACAGGUGUCUGUGUAGUUGGCCUAGUUUGCAAGGAUGGAGAAUAUAUUGAUCCUGGUGGUCAUUGUCAGUUCUGUGAUGCUUCCUGUUCUAAGUGCACAGGACCAACUCCAAAGGACUGCAUCAGUUGUGUAUUCACAAGACUUUUGGAUGAUGGACACUGUAUUCUUCAAUGCCCUAAAGGAAAAUUUGAAUUUCAAAAUCAGUGUCAUUUGUGCCAUCAUACCUGUAAGGAAUGCAAUGGAAGCGAGCCUAACAAAUGCACAGCUUGUGGAACAGAUAAGAAAGGCAACAACCAGUUCCUGUACUUGGGGGAGUGUCGAGUGAGCUGCCCCCUUGGCUACUAUCAUUCAGAGGACAAUGUCUGUGAACCUUGCUCUGAGCAUUGUGAAGUGUGUCUUGAUCAAACCGACUGCAAGAGAUGCUUUGAAGGAUACUACCUGGCUGAUAAUAACUGCCAGAAGCACAUUUGUAAAACAGGUGAAGUGAAGGAUCCUGACACAGAUGACUGUGUUCCAUGUGCAGAUGGAUGCCAGACUUGCAGCUUGGAUGCCCCAAGAAUCUGUACAUCAUGCAUUCAUAAUUAUUAUAUGUACAAGCAGAAGUGUUAUAGAAGUUGUCCUCAAAAUACCUACAAUGAUGAAAAUCCUCUCCUUUGCAUAGACUGCCAACCACAUUGCGGAAGCUGUGACCAACAUGGGUGUUACUGGUGUACAGAAGGCUUUUUUCUCCUUGAUGCAAAAUGUGUGAAUGACUGUGGAGCAGGUUUCUACAGUGAUGAGAUCACAGCAGAAUGUGAACCAUGUCACAGGACCUGUGCAACAUGUGAAGGGUUCGACUACAAUGAAUGCACUAGCUGCAAAGGAACUUUGGAACUAGUCCAUGGAAAGUGUGUGAAGCCCAAAAGCAAGCAAGUAGAUGGGAAAUUCUGGAAUGCUACAAGUACUCAGUUUCAGCCAUGUGAUCUUCCAUGCAAAACCUGUGAAAAAGCGGCUUAUAUAUGCACUUCAUGUCCUCAAGGGAAAUUUCUUUUUGCUAAGUCCUGUAUCUCCACUUGCCCACAAGGAACUUUUAGAAAUAUGAGGAGGUGUGAGAACUGCACAAGGGAUUGUGAAGAAUGCAUUAGAACCAACUAUUGUUUGAAGUGUCGAUCUGAUUUAGAUGAACCACGUUAUUUGUACAAAGGUCAAUGCCUCCUGGAAUGUCCUGAGGGCUUUUUUGUUGAAAAUGGGGCCUGCACAAUCUGCAGCCAAUCCUGCAAGACAUGUAAAGGAAAUGCCACCACAUGUCAGUCCUGUGAAAAUCCCUUGUUCCUAGAGCAAUCAGAGUGCAAACAUACCUGCUCAGAGAAGCACUUUACUGCUGAUGGAGUUUGUAAAGAGUGCCUUGAGAGGUGUCAAGAAUGCAUAAAUGAAAACGCAUGCAAAGUAUGUGAGCCUCCAUUUCUCCUGCACCAUGGGAGAUGUUUGCAUGAUUGCCCCUCUGGCUUCUUUGAUGACACCAUCCACUGUUCUCCCUGUUAUGAACGCUGUGAAGCAUGUGAUGGGCCAGAUUCUGAUGACUGCACAGAGUGUCUUGAUGCUUUUGUUCUCUAUAAUGGUGAAUGUGUCGACGAAUGCCCAGAAGGCACUUACUAUGAAGAACAGAAUAUAGCCUGUCAAGAUUGUAACAAGACAUGCCAGACUUGCUUGUCUUCCACUUUCUGCACUACUUGUCGAGAGGGACUGUUGAUGAACCAUCCUGGUCAAUGUGUGAUGCAAUGCGCCCUCACUGAGUAUUAUGAUGAAUAUACAAAGACAUGCAGGCCUUGUCACUGGAAGUGUUUGAGUUGUACAGGCUUUGCUGAAGAUCGUUGCCUCAGCUGUCCAAACCACUGGCAUCUUCUCAGUACAACUUGCGUAGAAGUCUGUCCCAAAGGAUAUUACAUGGACAGAGAUGAACGUAAAUGUUAUCCUUGCCACAAGAACUGUGAGACUUGCAGUGGAAGACAAAGCAGACAGUGUCUCUCUUGCCACCCAGGCUGGUACAGACAAGAACGUGGAUGUGUACACAUCUGUACAACUGGAUAUUAUGCAAACAAUGUCACUGGUUCUUGUGAAAAAUGCCACAAAACUUGUAAGGAAUGUGUAGGGCCUCAAAACACAGAUUGUCUGUCCUGUGAUGGGUAUUUAUUCCUUCUGUCCUCCAAGAAUGAAUGUCAUAUCUCCUGCCCUGAACAUUACUUUACAGACGAUAGUAAAAAUUCCUGUGAACGGUGCCAUCCAACCUGCAGUUCUUGUCAUGGAAAGGAAGCAGUCAGCUGUACAUCCUGUGUGUGGAGCUAUCAUUUAGCUGGUGGAAUCUGCUACCCGGAAUGCUUUGUAGGAGAAUACAAAGUCUCAGAGGUACCAUGUUCACAGAAGGACCCACGAAGAUGUGAAAAAUGCCAUGAAACUUGUACAGAGUGCAAGGGAUUUGGUCCUUUCAACUGCACCGUGUGUCCUCCUGAUACUGAACUCUAUCUGGAUGAAAGUCGUUGUGUGUCCUGCUGUAAGAGUCAUGGGCCUGAAGAAGUGGAAGAUUGUUGCGAUUGCAGUGAAAUCCGAGGUGAGUGUAUAUUACGCACCAAAUUGAACUUGCCUGAUGAAUAUAAAGGGAAAACUGCAGCUUUGGUUGUUGCUUUGUCAAUUUUGUUUAUCCUCACCAUUGGAGCUAUUAUUUUCAUCUGGAGAAGGUCACAAGCCAAACCCAUGCCACUGAACCAAGGUGGAUAUGAAAAGCUGGCAGACAAUGCAAAGACACUCACUUCUUUCAAAAGCAAUCACUACCAGGGCACCAGUUACCCAGGAGAUCAGGUGAUUGAAUACAAAGAUCGAGACGAUUAUGAUGAUGACGACGACGACGAUGAUAUUGUCUACAUGGGCCAAGAUGGCACAGUCUAUCGUAAAUUUAAAUAUGGACUUCUGGAGAAUGAUGCAGAAGAUGAACUGGAGUAUGAUGAUGAAAGUUACUCCUUUAGAUAGUCUUUAGUUAGAGCAUAUGUAAAUUUCUGAAAGAUCCUAAUUAUGAACUCUGCAUAAGCUCAGACUGUCACAUAACAAAAUGAUUUAUUUACAUAUCUGUACCUGGUGUGAUAAAAAUUCUCCUUGCUACUUGGCAGGACAGUAAGACAAUAAUU